AUGCAGCCCUCCGCCAGCACCCUUCUCCGCGCCCUCGUGGUCCUCCUCGCAGCUCAGGUCGCCGCCGUGCCCAUCCCGGGUCGCGUCGCCACGACCGAGGGCGGCGGCAUGAUGCGAUGCAUGGCUAUGGGCCCCAUGUGCGAGGGGAGCAAAGAAGCGCCGGCCGUCGACGCCACCGUCGACGCCACCGUCGGCGGCGCCGGCAACAGCACCACCACCCCCACCUCCACCCCCACCACGGGCGACGCCGAGGACCCGCCGCGGUCCCCGCCGCUGCGCAGCGAGCCCCGCCCGGCCCUCACGGCCUUCCACCAGCUCCCCGCCGACCGCCGCCCGCACGUCCGCACGCGGUCACCCCAGGAGGCGCGCUGCAUGGCCCUCGGCCCGCUGUGCGAGGGCAGCGACGAGUCGCCCACCAAGCAGGAGGCCCCCGCCCCGGAGCCGGAGAUGCGCUGCAUGGCCAUAGGGCCGAUGUGCGAGGGCGACGCCGCCAAGAACGGCACCGCCGCGGCUGCCCGCAAGGGGCCCGUCACGCCCGACAACCCCAGCGAGGCCUCGCUCCCUGUCGAGGCCGAUGAGGCCGAAGAAGCCGAGGAGGCUCUUGAAGACGAUGAGGCUCUUGAAGACGAGGAGGCCCUCGAAGACGAGGAGGCCGUUGAAGCUGAGGAGGCCGAGGAGGCCGUUGAAUGCGGGGAGACCGAGGAGGCCGAUGAAGCCGAGGAGAUCGAGGAGGCCGAGGAGGCCGUUGAAGCCGGAAAGGCCGAGGAGGCCGUUGAAGCCGGGAAGGCCGUUGAAGCCGAGAAGACCGUUGAAGCCGAGAAGACCGAGUGA